GGGAUAAGUCAAAGAUGGUUGGAGGCUCGGAGAGUGUCUGCUGAACUGCUUACUCAUAAGUAGUAGCCUUCUCUCCUCCUCUUUUGAUCAGUUACUUUUGUUUCGGCAUGGGUGUGACUUCUGAUUCCGCUCCCCUCCUUGGUGUGUCACUCCUGCUCUCUCCUUGAAUCGGAAUAAAAACUGCAGCCAACUUCAGAGGCUCCUUUUCCGUGCAGAUUUAACAAGACCUGGGACCUUCCCCCCCCCAGCCCCUCCUGCCUUUCCUUUGUGCAGCCCGAGAGAGGAGCUCCUUGCCUCGUGCACAUUUUCUCGAAGAGGAAACAAUGGCCAAGUUCUGGUUGUGUGCAGCUGUUGGAUUGUACUUGUUGCAGCUUUGUCUAGCCCAGAUAAGUCUGAAUAUAAGUUGCAGAUAUGCAGGAGUUUUCCAUGUUGAGAAAAACCGGCGCUACAGCCUCCGUUGGCACAAAGGAAGGAAAGAGGGGUCCGUUGAACUUUGCAAGGCCCUCAACAGUACUCUGCCAACAUGGGAACAAAUGGAGAAAGCAUUUGAACUUGGCUUGGAAACCUGCAGAUAUGGUUAUAUUGAAGAAAAAAUAGUUGUUCCCCGACACACUCCUUAUCAUCUCUGUGCUGCAAAUACCACUGGGAUUUAUGUACUUCAGUCAAAUAUAUCUGAGCGCUAUGAUACAUAUUGCUUCAAUUCAUCAGAAACAAGAGAUAAAGUUUGUGACCCAGUGACAGAAUUAUAUUCCUCUUGGCCAGAUAAUCAAAGUAUCAUCGAAAUUUUCAAUUCUGAUGGAACACGCUACAUUGGAGGAAGGCCAUACACAGAUCCGCCACCAGUUACUGAUGAUGACAGUAGUAUGGGCAGUGGUUCAGCAAAUGACAGAGGAACAACAGAUCCCAAUGUUCUUAGACCUGAUGUCUUCCAAACGAGUUUUGAUGAAGAUGCUACUCAUUUUUCAUAUGGUGUUCAUCCUAAAGAUGAUGGUAUCUUACAAAGCCCUGACGAUCCAGAGGACCAUGAUUCGAAACCUGGUUAUGAAGGCCCUCGUCCCAAAAAUACGAGUAAGGGUUGUGGUGGAAAUUUUCAUGGGAAACUUAAUAUGGUCACAACAGAUUUGAUCUUGCAAGAUGGCAAUGCAGAAGAAUUCUCCACACCACCAAUUCUCAGACAAAAAACAGCUCCAGGAUGGGACACAAAUGAAAUCGAGGAACUUUAUACAGCCACAACUAUGGGUGAUAUCAGAUAUUCAGCAAAUGACACAAGAGAUGAUACACUACCUGGAAUUGUUCCUCCAGGUGAUGGCGAACAUUAUUCUACAGGCACAAUGUUGGAACUGAUUAAAAACGUCAUCGUAACAGCUCUGUCAUCCAGCAAUAGUUUCUUCAAGCAGCAAGUAUCAACUCCAUAUCAACCAGAUGGGGCUCAUUCUGGAUUGGAAGCUGAAGUUGCAUUUCCUACAAACCUGACCUCAGAUGAUUUGCAUCUUGAACUUGGCUCCUCAGAAGAAAAAGAUAACAGUCUGGAAGAAGAAGCUUUUCAUGCAGCAGCAGUGUUCAUCAAUGGAAGUGCCAAAGAUGAAGAAUCACAUCACGACCAGUUAUUACCAGUUGGUAAACCUGGAGGGAGGAGAGGAAAAAGUUCUUCCACAAAUACAACAGGCCAUGGUGUUGUGCAAAUACUUAUUCCUCCAAGUGAGAGUGAUAAUGAAAAUGAAGCUGCUGAAACAGUUGUAGUGUCUACUGAUGGCACUAGCCAUGAAGACAGUGAUCAUGAUCAUCUUGUCUGGGACAAUGAAAACACUAUACCUGCAGUUAUUUUUCUAAAUGAAAGCAAGAAUGAAAAGGAUUUGGAAACAGAUCACACAGCUGUACUCUCCAGGGAUAACACUAGCUCUGAAGACUCUACUCGUGAUAUAAUAUUGCAUAGGGAACAUUCAGGCUGGGAUAGUGAAGAUAAAUAUCCCACAAACGCAUCCAGAGAUCAUUUAAUGCCUGAAAGUAUUCCUUCAGUCAAAAGGGAACAUGAAAAUGAAUCAACACAUACAGUUGCAAUCUCCAAUGACGGAACCAUGCAUGAAGUCUCUAUUCAAGAUUCACUGAACCAUGAAGCAGAUCCUGGCCGGGACAGUGGAGAAAGGCAUCAAGCAAAUGAUUCUACAAAUAAUGUGCUCCCUGGAAACAUCUUUCCAAAUGAACAUAUUCAUGAAAAGGAAACCUUUGAUACAGUUGUGGAUUCCACUGAUGAAAGGAAUCAUGACGAUGUCACUGAUCAUCCAGCAUGGCAUGUUGUGCAGCAUGAAUGGGAUGGAUAUCCAACAAACAGUACAAAGGAUGAAGAAGGAUUUGCAAUUUCUCCUCCACCAGAAAACAAUAAUGAAGAGAAAGUCUUUCAUACAGCUGUCAUCCAUAACAAUGAUGCUCAUAAUGAAGAUGCAACGCAAGAACCAUUACUUCCUGUUCAUCAGCCAGGUUGGGAUAUGGAAGAAGAAUAUUCCACUAACACUUCUAGAGAUGAUAUACUGAUGGGAGUUAUUGCAAACAGUGGAAGCAAACAUGAUCCCUUUCCUACAGAUGUAGUCUCCCACGACGUUACCAAAGAUGAAGAUUCAACUCCAGAACCAGUGAAGCAUGUUAGUGAAGACAAAUAUUCUACAAAUUCCACAGAGGGUGUUUUGCCUCCUCGAAUUGUUCCUCGGAGAGGGUCAAAUCACAUAAAUAAUACUUAUCAUACAGGUUUUGACUCCAGAGGAUCACAACAGGAAGAUUCAACACCAAAAUCCCAGCCUCGAGCUGCUCACAUUCCAGAUUGGCUGAUCGUAGUUGCUUCUCUCAUUGCUCUGGCAUUGAUACUUGGUGUUUGCAUUGCUGUGAACAGUAGGAGAAGAUGUGGACAGAAACAAAAGCUUGUAAUCAACAAUGGCAAAGGGGUGGUGGAUAACAAAAACAUGGGUGGACUGAAUGGAGAAGCCAGUAAAUCCCAUGAAAUGGUGCACUUGGUACACAAAGAGCAGCCAGAAGAAUUGACAGGGCCACACGAUGAAUUCCUGCAAGUUGACGAAACAAACAACCUACAAGAUGUGGACUUGAAGAGUGAAAGUGCUUUGCCACCACAGUACACGAUUAGGACUUCUCUCAACAUAUGAUGUGGUAUUGGCCCAGUCCGGAAAGGGAAGUGUACUUAUGAAGAAAGUCUUCUGCACAUGCAGGCGGAGCAGCAGUUGAGGUGCGGUGGAUGAGGAUCCACAACGAUCUAGAAAAGAACCAGUCAAAAUCCAGGCUGAACAGAGUGUUAACUUCAGAAAGUAACUCAUUAAACAUUUGGAUACCAACUGA